GCAUAACAAAAACAUCAAAUAACGGCAAAUAAAAUUUCAUGGUACAGGGAAGUUGUAGGCAAUACCUUUCCUGACACAGAGCAAAUCUGUUUAGCAUGUAAGGGCAUUAGAUCAACAAUACUAUCUGCCCCAAUGGCUGGACGGGACAAAAAAAAAAUAUAUAUACACUUUUAAAACACUUCUACAUUUUACUUGUACUUUCUUUAUCACGGCUGUCCCUUUUUCCAAAAAUUACUAUUUUGUUUUGUUUGUUUUUCUUUUUUUCUCUUCAUAUUUUGAAAUUAGCCUUGGAAAAGUGCUGCUGUUUUUAAAAUGUUGUCGCAUAGUUAUGCUGGAGCCUAUCCCAGCUGACUAUGUGCGAGAGUCAAUGGCAGGGCACAUACCUAUGGACAUUGAACAUGCAUGUACAUUUGGAGCAAGUACAAUAGAUAGCAGCUACUUUCAGAAUGCUGCGGAAGGGACCUUUUAUGACCUUUGACCCCUUGAAGGCAGUGGCAGUCGCCAUCAAGUCUUUUUGUGUGAUUGAUCAAGUCUAUACCUGCCCAAAUAGCACUGGAACGUAACAACAUGCUGCAAUAUAAUCAUGUCAAUCUUUACUACGCCGCACGGAGGAGGAAGUGGAGGCGUGGCCAGGCUGGCAGCUGACAGUUGAUCCGAGCCCUCAGCUUAUAAAUAGAGGUGGUGUGGCAGGCUGGACAACUCGGACGCCAUGAAGAUGAGCCGUAGAUCAACGUCUCCUUUGAGAACGAAGACAAGCGCAGUGUGACCCUCAGGCGUCUUUGUCCCCCACCCCCCAGGCCAGGCACACCAGGCCAACAUGCGAGCCAGGAAGUGCACCAUGGAAAGCCAAGAUGACGGACAGGGGAAGCCAAAAUCGAAGUGCUUGAAGAAGCAAGAGGAAAACGUGGCAGAGCCUUCCAAGGGGAAGGUCAAACCCCAGCGAGAGGAGAAGGAGAAAAAGACGGCAAAAUUGAACUUGUCCAAGAAUGAUUUGCUCCAGCUUCUGGGGAUCAUGGAGGGGGAGGUCCAGGCCCGAGAGGACAUCAUCAGCCUGCUGAGGUUGGAGAAAAGCCCAACGGAGAAGUUGGAAUCUCAUUACGGCUCAGCCCUUCCCACCGGAGCGCUGCAGGCCCUGCAGAGGGAUGGCGUGCUCACCCAGGAUGGUGGCUGUACGGACGACGUGUACGAGAAGCCCAUGGCCGAGCUGGAGCGUCUGGACCACAAGCAGAAAGAGACGUACCGCCGCAUGCUGGAGCAGCUGCUGCUGGCCGAGAAAUGUCACCGCCGCACCGUCAUGGAGCUCGACAGCGAGAAGCGCAAACACGCCGAUUUCAUGAACAAAAGCGACGACUUCACCAACCUGCUGGAGCAGGAGAGGGAGAGGCUAAAAAAGCUGUUGGAGCAGGAGAAGACCUUCCAGGCUCGUAAGGACAACGAGCACAGCCGACGAUUGGAGAAGAUCAGAGCAGAGCUGGUCAAGCUCAAGUCCUUGGCUCUCAUGUUGGUGGACGAGCGGCAGCUGCACUUGGAGCAGCUGGAGCUGCAGAGCCAAAAGGUCCAGGAGCUUACUCAGAAGUCACAGGAGAAAGAGCAGCGGUUAGCGGAGGUCGCCGAUGCUGCCAAGUCAGACAGCCAAAAGGUCCUCAAGCUUGAGGCUGAACUGGAGCACAAGGUGGCCACUUCCAAACUAGAGCACGAGGAGAUGACCACCAAACUAUCCAACCAAGAGUCCCAAAGCCGACAACUGCGACUGAAGUUAGCUGGACUUGCGGCCAAGAUGGAGGAGCUGGAGGAGAGCAACAAGCUGCUGCAGAAAUCCGAGGAGGAGCUGCAGGAGCUGAGGGAGAAGAUCAGCAAAGGUGAGUUUCCAGCCAUGAGUGCUGAGCUGGAAACUCUCCGGAAGAAGGUGCUGGAAAUGGAAGGCAAAGAUGAGGAGAUAACCAAUAUGGAGACCCAGUGCAAGGAGCUUCGGAAGAGGCUCCAGGAUGAGGUGAACGUCAGCAAGGAGCUGAAGCUGGAGGUGGACAAGCUGCACAAGAGAAUGGCCGAUCUGGAGAAGCUUGAGGCUGCUUUCAGCAGGAGCCAGACGGAAUGUUCUUUGCUCCACACAAACCUGGAGAAGGAUAAACGUGCUGUGACGGACCUGGCUGGCGAGCUGGAAAGGAUCAAGACUCGGCUCAAAGAAGUGGACUCCCUGGAGGCCAAGUUGGAGAGGACGGAGGUGAUACUCAAAGACGAUCUCAUGAAGCUCAAGUCCUUCACCGUCAUUCUGGCGGAUGAGAGGAAAAACAUGGCCGACAAACUGAAAUGCGAAGAGCAGAAAAGCCAAGAUUUAAGCGGGAAGUUGAAGGCGGAGGAAAGUAAAGUCAUGGAGGUCACGGAGAAGCUGAUCGAAGAGAGCAAAAAACUUCUCAAAGUCAAAUCUGAGAUGGAGCUGAAAGUCACAACUGUGACGGAGGAGAAGGACAAACUCAAAGGGAAACUGUCAAGCGAGGAGGAGAGCUGCCGGCAGCUGAGCAGGAAGCUGUGUGAGAUGAAAGCAACGAUGGAGAAAUUGGAGGAGAUGGAGAGGACGAGGACAAAUAAACAAGCGGAUGACGACAUCAGAAUCAAAGAGCUCAUGCUGGAAACUGAAAGCCUCAGGAGCCGCCUCAAGCAGCUGGAGGUUGUCCAGGGGGAUUUGAUGAAGACGGAGGAUGAAUACGACUUGCUGGAGAAGAAGUUCAGGACGGAGCAGGACAGAGCCAACUCUCUCUCCAAACUUGUAGAAGAAACCAAAAGUCAGUUGGCCAGGAGCAAAGCUGUGGAGAAAGGCGAGAUCACAGGUCCGGAGGCCCAGCUGAGGAUGCGCUGCAAGAUGGAAGAAGCCAAGAGCAGAGAUCUGGAGUUAGACAUUCAAGCCUUGAAGGAGAAGAUCCACGAACUGAUGACCAAGGAGGACCAGCUCUCCCAGCUCAAGGUGGAUUAUUCCGUCCUCCAGCAAAGGUUUGUGGAGGAGCAGGAGAGGAGGAAGAGUAUCGGUCACGAGGCGGCCAACCUCAGCCAGGAACUGGAAGCCACCAGGAGAUACAGCCGCGCCCUGAGGCCUGGAAUGAACGGAAGGAGGAUGGUGGACGCGGCGUUGACGUCCACAGCCGUGCAGACUGACGUGUUGGCCGGUGAGUCCGCCGACGACGACGACACAGCGGCGGGAUUCAUCCGCAAGUCGGUCCUAGAGGAGAAACACCUCAUGAGCAAUCUCAGGCAGCGGGGUCUCCAACAGUCCAAAGUCCCAGAACGCCACCCGCCGGUGUCGGCGGAAUCCGAGGCCGGGAGGUCCUGGAUGCCAUGGAUGAAGCGCACGCCUCUUCUCUCAUCCCAAACGUCAGGCCAGCCGCUUCACAUCCGGGUGACCCCCGACACUACGAACAGCAGCGCCACCCUGGAGAUCAGCAGCCCGCGAGCUGAGGACUUCUUCUCCAGCACCACCAUCAUCCCCACCCUGGGCCAUCAAAAACCUCGCAUCACCAUUGUCCCGAAGGCCACGGGGGUGACUGGGAAAAGCAUGUCCGACCGAGCCAUGUCCCCGGUUACCAUAACAACCAUCUCUCGAGCCAAAAGUCCCAGCAAGAGCCACUCUCAGGAUUGCCAGCCUGCCGUGUCCAUCAUCACCGUCAGCACCAGCCCGGUAACGCAAGCGCGUGCUUCGCCGGAGCGUCCCGGAACGGGCGCGAGCUGCACCGUGAUCCAGGACUCUGGUGCCGCAUCGCUUCGAAAUUACAAGAACAACAUCGUGACAACGGAGGACAACAAGAUUCACAUCCACCUGAGACCCUCAGACCAGAUCCCCGCCGGGACGGUCCUCCGUCCCCCUCGCCAACCCUCGGGCGGGAGCAAAAUGACCAGCAGCUUAACCAUCACGCCCGCUACCUCGGCGCCGUGCAGGCCCACGCAAUCUGCGCCCGGUUGGGAGGCUCUGGGCGUAUCCACGGCGACAAGGUUAGAGUCACGUGAGGGCCAGCUGCUGAAAAUCGAACUGAGGAAGUCCUCGGCGCCAGGAGGUGAGAGCUGAGGCAGCAGGCGUUGCCAUGGCGUUCUCAUGAGGCCUGAUCUGGGAUCUGGUCUGCUGAUCGUUUGGCCACGUUGGAGUCCAUGUUGUUUUCUAUGCUGGAUAUCUGGCGCCUGCCAAUAAAUACAUACGUUUUUCAUUUCUGUGUAUUGAAUAUUUGAGAGCAUCCAAAUAAAAU